UUCUUUCUUGAACUGCAUCUUUGAUGUCCACGUCCUCGUGGUGUCCGAAUCAUACCGGCCGUUGAGAGUUGCGCGCGCAGCGAAAAGAAAAACUUCCCAGAAAUGGCGGAGGGUGCAACGACACUGAAAGGCUUGAGAGCCCAAAUAGCUGCAGCUGCACAAGCACAGGCGGAGGAGCGGCGCAGUUUGGCAGGGAACAGUCCAGGGCCUACAGGUGACACACUUGCAAAACCUCAAGGGUGCAAGCCAGUUAUUGACGGCUCCUCACUAAGAGUAGACGACCGGCUGCGGGUGGCAAAAGAGAGGCGAGAGGAGGCAGAGAGACAACAGGCUUUACGAGAAUCACAAAUAAUGGAGCGGGAGCGCAAGGCCAAACUGCAAGUUGAGCGCCAGCUGGAAGAGCGUCAGAAAAAACUGGAGGAGCAGCGAAGGAAGGAGGAACAGAAGCGAUUAGCUGUGGAGGAGAAGAGGAAGCAGAAGCAGGAAGAGGAAAAGGAGCAUUAUGAGGCAGUGAUGAGACGAACCCUAGAGAGGAGCCAACGAUUAGAACAGAGGCAGAAAAGAUGGUCCUGGGGAGGACAGUCCCCAGACCAAGACAGCCGAGCAGGAGAAUCUGAUGCCAGUGUGUCAUCUCCAGUAACUAUAGUUGUCUCCUCUGCCCCUCCAGAGAAGCCAGAAAAGAGUGCACAAGCUGACAAGCGCUUUCCAUCCGCCACAAACCUGAAACAACCCGCGGCUACUAUAAGCAAACGCUUAUCCUCCUCUGCCACCCUCAUCAAAUCACCUGACAAAAGUGCUAAACCAAGGAGCUCAUCUUGUAACCGGUUGCCAAGCAAUGGCAAUGAUGCUCAGGCCGCUAAUGAAGAUGGUAAAAAGCUUCAGUCACAGCAGACAUGUGGAACAGGCCGUUCUGUGAAGAAGAGAAGUUCCUCCCUCUCGCGAGUAAGUGGCGGCAGAGCACAGACCCCUGCCAAGUCCGAUAAAGGGACAACGGAUGAUCAAGAUGAGAUCAUAGCUGGAUGUAGGAUGCUCGUGCUUCAGUGCGCUCGCAGGCCUCAGGCCGGUACUGUGGAUGAAGGGGUCCUUAGCCGCCUACUCACUCCCACCCAAGCCUCACUAGCUAGGAGCAAAAGCGCCGCUCUCCUCUCCGCUGAAGGAACAGAUGCUCCAGAGUGUCACCUGUGUCCUCGUUCAGCCUCCGCCAGUCCUCUGCCCCCGCCGCGUGGACCGGUACGCAGCCGCAGCAUUGACCGCCAAAAAAAGAGCGGCAUGACCACAUCUGUUUCAGCCGACGGAGCCCUCGACCCUUCUCUGAAGGACAAGUCUUCUGUGUCACCUGGAGGUAAACAGCCUUCUUGUCCAUCUUCCACCCUUGGGCGUAACCGUUCACCGUCUCCAGCCCCUAACCCUGCUCCAAAGAGGACCCCCUCCCCAUCAGCAGCUAAGCAAAGUCCCAGGAUGCGCCCACCCUCACCAGGCGCAAUGAAACAGCGCCCCCCAUCUCCUCAACCCACAUCAGCAAAGCCCCCACCUAUUCAGAAACCUGCACUCACACCAACUGGACCCCCGACCUUAAGAAAAAGAGACUCCAAGACCAAAGAUCACCAAGGAUCUCCAACUCCUGUUCAGCCUUUGGCUCCACAGCCCUCUGAUGCCAGCAAGACCAAAGAGAAAGACGAGUCAAAAGGCGGGACAGGCACCAACUCAGCUGCAGAGGCAGCCAAGAUCCUGGCAGAGAACCGCAGACUGAUGCGAGAGCAGAAGGAGCGAGAGGAGCAGCUGAGGAUACAGAGAGAGGAGGAGGAGAAGUUGAGAAAGGAGGAAGAGAACCGUCAGCAGGAAGAGGCUCGACUAAAGCGUCUGGAGGAGGAGAAGAAGCUUGCAGAGGAAAGAAAAAUAAAGGAAGAAGAAGAAGCUCGCCUGGCAGAGGAGGAGAAGGUCCGGCUGGCCGAAGAGGAAGCCCAAAAGCAGGCAGAGCUCCUGAAGGAACGACAGGAGGCCGAGGCCAAAGCCCUGGAAGAAGCAGAGAGAGUCCGUGUCGAGAGAGACCGCAUAAUGCAGCAGAACCAACAAGAACGAAUGGAGAGGAAAAAGAGAAUUGAGGAAAUAAUGAAGAGAACUAGAAAAGGGGACCAAGGAGACCCAAAGAAGGAUGAUGAUAAAAGUGGACAGGAGAAUGGAGAUGAAGACGAAAUGGAGCAGAUAAACUGUGAAAACCAAAACGACAUGGAGAAGGACAUUGACGGUGAUGAUCUGAACCCUGAGGAGCCUGUGAUGAGUCUGGAGCUGUGCAGCAUGAAUGGAGAACCAGAGACGGAGGACAAGGAGAACAACAACGGCUCAGAGGAGACUCAUGCCAUCAGUCCAGUUCCAAAGGGUCACCUCAUUGAGGGCUCAGAGUUCCUGAACGACUCCACCAAAGUGGGGUUGGUUUCCAGCCUCAAUGGGAAAUCUAACCAAUGGAGCUUUGAGGAGCUCAUUGAUGUUCAUUCCAAGCCUCGGCCCCUGAUGGAGGCCGAGGACUGUAAGCAGGACAUGAUCAACUGCGACGGAAGCUCAGAUGGGACAAAAGUGGCCUUUGAAGACAAGGCAACCCCCCCGAACACGCUGCAUUCCUCUCAUCAGCCCAUAGAAGCUAUGUCAGAGAUUUGACCCCGUGCUCAUCGGAAGGCUCUCCAAGUUGCACUCCUGAAGUUUUUUGUCAAGCUGAGUUCCUUCAAAACAGCUUCCUCCUCUUUCUCCUCUUCUCCUUCCCAUGGGAGGAGCACAUGAUGAAGUGGAAAGACCACCCCUAGUGCUUCCUAUCCCGCCUGCACAAUAAGAAAACAAAUGUACCAACUUUAUAUUUAAACAAAUAUCUGCUUCAGGGAAAAUGUGUUUAUCCAGCAUUUUGGCUCCAGGUCUCUUUCAGUGCUUUGUUCAAUAAUUGUGAAGUUUUUUGUCAGUUAUUGUAAUUUAUUAAUUUGUCGUCUUUUUUUUUCUCUUGCGUGACACAUGCACAUGGGGCGGUGUGGUUUUUGAAUUCUUGGAGCUCUGAUGUUUUGGUCUGCCAGGACCCUGGUAGAGACUAAUAUCAAACGUUUUGCAUGUGGUUUACACAAAUGUACUUGACCGGCUGCACUUUUUGGCAGCAUCCAGCUACAUGGCCUUAACCCAACCCCUUUCUGGUUUGUCAGUGUGUAGAAAACACAUUGGGUUUGUUCCAUCUCUGCUGUCAUGUGCUUUCACUCGGUUGUGAGUCGUGCUUUCGUUCACAGGAUAUUUUCCUCCCUCAAAUGGGUUUUAUAAAUCCUGUUGUAGUGUCGUUGUUUGGCUCCUAAAAGGUUUUUAUAAACACAAAGUGUAGAUUUUUUUAUUAGUAUAAAAGACUUCUUCAAAUUCAGCUGUCAGUUUGUGGUUGGGGUUUAAGGUUUAGUCUUAUUUUUGUCUUUUACGUUUAAUACAUGUUUACUAACAUCACCUAACUUUCUUUCCAAUGAGUGGAAAUCAGCUGAAAUUUUCACAUUUAGUUUGGUUUGUAUAGAUAUUAUUCCCUCCCACUAAGCCCCCCCCCCCACUAGCUGCUACCUGACAAAUGCAUUUCAUCUAUUUAAUAACAUAGAAAUUGUCUGUCUCUUUAUAUAGUAAAAUUCAUUUCUACAUUUAUUUAAGUGGUAUUAUAUUGUAUAUAAUCAGUAUUAGGCAGAAAAAGCCAUAGGUAGGAUGGAGUGGCUGGUUGUGAAUGAUUGCAGUUUCUGUUACUGAGUUUUUUCCUUUCUGGCGUGUCCAGUGAGGCGACAGGCUUGUCAGGUUGGGUUUGAGCAGCCAGGAAGUCCUGGUGUGACUGUUGGUUGUGCAUGAAGCUGCUCAGGUCUUUGCUGAUGGAUCAGAACGAUGGAAAAGUUCUGGCUGUGUCUCCGAGGACGUUUCAUGUCAACAACCAGGAUGUGUGGAUGAAUGUUACAGGUGGAGUGUCUGCUCAGGUUUCAUCUGUUCUACUGUAGUACGAGGAGCUCACUUGGAUUGAAACACACUUUGUUUUGAUUCCUUCUUACUCAAGUUCAUUUUUUUAGUAACUGUUCAAAUUGUUCAAAUUCACUUUUGUUGAAAAAUUCAAGAGUGAAAUUUUUUUGUGACUUUGACUUUUUCCUUGUUCUCUGUUGGCUGAAAGCCUAAAACUAAAACUAUUGUGCAUGAAGACUCUGGGCCUUCAUCAUCUGAGCUUUGGCUGAGUCUAAAGAAUGUAACAGUCUCCACAAACCAGCCUGCAUUCAUGUUCCAAGGUUAUUGAGCUUCUAGGCUUUUAUCAUCCAUACGUUAUUCCUCCUGGAAACACAAGGCUGCAAUGUCACUGGUUGUUACAGAGAAUGUACAGACUUUAGCAGAAAUGUAAGAUUUCCUGCAGAAGGUUGGUGAUCUGUGGCUGAAACUUCAUGUUCUCUGUCGUAACCCCAUGCUCUCAUGUUUCUUCUCAUUUUCGUUUCUGCUCAUAAGUUCUUCCUGUAAGAAGGAUUCUGUACCUGCUGCUUAAACACACUUCAGGUCCUGCUGCGUCUUUUGGGGACUAAACUGAGCUGACGGCUCUUUGUACUCACAACAGGAUAGAACAGUGCCUUAGAUUGAGGUUGAGUAGUGUGUCGUCUGUAAAACAUGUCCUUACCUCGGCCUUGACAAUCACUCUGCUUCAGUAGGGCUGCUCUGUGAAUAUAAAUAUUUCUUUGAAAGAUUUGGUAAUAACCCCAUAUCACAAUGACAUUUGUACAAUAAAUGUAUCUGAAGAGAUGAUCCAGACUGUUAAACAAUAAAAUGUUGAAAAUGAA